UCUGCAUCGCUUUGUAAGCCUGAUUUUCCCCAUUUGUUCUUUUCACUGAUCUCACAUGUCGAAGAGCCUUCUUUCUCGUAUAAAGCCCCUGUGCAACCAGAAACCCAAUCGCAGUUCACCCUCGAGCCUCCGAGUCGCACCCCGCAUCAAGGAACUCGUCAUUCAGGUUUGCGAAAUUCUCAGAACUCAAAGCCAUUGGGAACAUAAUCUCGAGACCCGCCUUUCGGAGGCCCAAGUGGUUCCAUCAGAAAUUGCCCACCUUGUGUUCGACAAAAUUCAGGAUGCUGAAUUGGGCUUGAAGUUCUUUGAUUGGGUCUCCCAGAGACCCUACGGUUGUCCCCUUGAUGGCUUUGCAUACUCUUCUCUAUUGAAGCUACUCGCAAAGUUCAGAGCUUUCCCGGAAAUUGAAGCCCUGUUGCUGGAGUCUACAAAAUGUGAAGAGACGUUGCCUACAAGAGAGGCAUUCUGCCACGUGAUUCAAGCUUGUUUGAAUUCCGGGUUGGUUGACAAAGCUCUUCAACUGUACUCAUUUGUGUUGAAAACCUAUAAUUUGCUUCCAGACAUAGUCGCGUGUAACUCUUUGCUUCAUGCGCUUGUGAAUAAUGGUCGAGUUGAAGUUGCGAGGCGGGUGUAUACUGAGAUGGUUAGGAGGUAUAAUGGUAUACAAAAUCAUUGUUUGGAUAAUUAUAGCACUUGUAUAAUUGUGAGGGGCUUGUGUAAAGAGGGUAAGGUUGAUGAAGGUAGUAAACUUAUCAGGGAUAGAUGGGGAAAGGAUUGUGUUCCAAAUAUUGUGUUCUAUAAUAUACUGAUUGAUGGGUAUUGCAAAAAGGGUGAUAUUAAGAGUGCUUAUAAACUUUUCCAGAAUUUGAAUUUGAUGGGCUUUUUGCCCACAGUGGAGACUUAUGGAGCAAUGAUAAAUGGGUUUUGCAAAGAGGGAAGUUUUGAGAAAGUUGAUGAGCUUUUGAGAGAUAUGGUUGCUAGGGGUCUUUCCGUCAAUGUCCAUGUCAAUAACACCAUAAUCAAUGCUAAAUAUCGGCAUGGUUUUGCAUUGAAACCACUGGAUGUUAUUAGGAAAAUGCUUGAAGAGGGCUGUGAGCCUGAUUUGGUGACAUAUAAUACUUUGAUAUCUGCUUCAUGCAAGGCUGGGAAAAUUGAGGAGGCUGAAAAGCUUCUAGGGAAUGCAAGAGACAGGGGAUUGGUGCCUAAUAAGCGUAGUUACACUCCAUUGAUGCAUGUGUAUUGCACACAGGGAGAUACUGACAAGGCUUCAGAUCUGCUUCUUAAGAUGGCUGAACUUGGUGAUCCACCUGAUCUGUCAACUUAUGGAGCGUUUAUCCAUGGUUUUGUACACAAUGGGCAUGUUGAUGUUGCCUUGAAUAUUCUAGAUAGGAUGAUUGAGAAGGGUGUAUUACCUGAUUCUGGCAUCUAUAAUGUCUUGAUGAAUGGGCUGUGCAAAAAAGGGAAGCUUCUUGCUGCCAAGCAGCUUCUUUCUGAGAUGCUUUAUAACAAAAUAUUACCUGACAUGUAUAUUUAUGCCACUCUAUUGGAUGGAAUCAUAAGAAGUGGAGAGCUGAAUGAGGCAAAGAAGCACUUUGAACAUGCACUUGAGAAAGGUGUAAAUCCUGGGGUUGUAGGUCAUAACGCAAUGAUAAAGGGAUACUGUAAGUUUGGGAUGAUGAAUGAGGCUGUGUCAUGUGUGUGUAGGAUGAAAAAGAUGAAUACUUCUCCUGAUGAGUAUACUUAUUCCACUAUAAUAGAUGGAUUUGCAAAGCAACAUAACUUGGGUGGUGCAUUAACAACAUUCUGUCAAAUGGUGAAACAGAAGUGUUUACCAAAUGUGGUCACUUAUACCUCUCUAAUUAAUGGGUUUUGCCACAUUGGUGACUUUCAAAGAGCACUAAAAUAUUUCCAUUAUAUGCAGUCAAAUGGUUUGAUUCCUAAUGUUGUUACUUAUACUAUAUUGAUAGGUGGCUUUUGUAAGGAUGGAGAACUUGCAAAAGCAGCAUCCUUGUUUGAACGAAUGCUAAUUUCCAAGUGCUGUCCAAAUGAUUAUACCUUUAAUUGUUUGGUUAAUGGAUUUUCAAAUUAUACACAAUCCGUAGUCCUGAAGGAAGGAAAUAAUACUCAGAACUGCAAGAAAUCAAUGUUUUUAGAUGCUUUUAAAAGGAUGGUUUCAGAUGGAUGGCUUCCCAAAACUGCUGCAUAUAACUCAAUUAUUAUUUGUCUUAGUUUACAUGGGAUGUUAAAAGCUGCGCUGCAAUUGCAGGGAAAUAUGGCCAGUAAAGGUCUUUGCAUGGAUUCUGUUUCUUUUGCUGCCUUGUUGCAUGGCAUUUGCUUAGAUGGAAAGUCAAAGGAAUGGAAGAGCAUUAUUCCCUGCAAUUUAAAUGAACCUGAACUCUGUAUUGCUUUGAACUACUCUCAAAUAUUUGAUCAGUACCUAGCUCACGGUAUGAACUUUGAGGCUUCAGUAAUUUUGCAAAACUUGGUCAAUGAUUGUAAGUCUCAUUAUCUUCACAUGGAUAAUAUUGAAGUUUCAUAAAAAAAAAAGUGUUGGUUUCACUUGCCUUUCAUGCAUUUGCAAAUAUCUUUGAGAGAGUUGUGGGUGAUUGGAUGCCAAAGUCAUGGGUAAGCUAGUAAUUUUUUGGGUGUUGGAAAGACUCAUGAAAAGCAUGUAAGACAUUUGAAUCUGGGCAAUUGUAUGAAGCACAUGCUUUGCUGUACUUUUCGUGUGAAGCACUGAAGAACAAAAAGCUGAUAGAAGUGCUUUUUGUUUAACUUGUAAAAAUCAGCUUACCAAUCCCAAGAAAUCGGUUCCAAAUUGUCAGGCAUUCAGACCACAGCUCCCUGUAUUUUUCUCUCUUUCUCCUGCUUCUCUCCCUUCAAGCACAGAAUGGUAGAGAAAACUAUUCAUGGAGCUCCAGAAGCUCAUUAGCAGAUAUUCACAGCUUGCAGAAGAAGCAUAUCAACAACUACUACACAACCUCCGAGUCCAAAGGAUUUUCCCUUUGAACAUUGUAAUUGAAGGAAAUGCCAUAAAUUCAGAGUUAGGUUGAAAAGUCAGUCACUCAAUUUCUUAACCCAAAACGUUGAGUGUUCAUUUUCACAGUGGGUUGGAAUAAUUGGUGGUGCUCAAAUUUGACUCAAGGAGUGACGGACUGCCAUCAAGCUCAGUUGGGCUCAGUUCAACAAUGGGGGAAUUAUUGGACCCUUGACAAGCUGACCUUAUUGUGGCUUUCAGGGGUGACUACUGGGAAACUGCUACCAGAAGGGUUCUUCAAAGGAUGAAGAAAAACCCCAAGAGCAGGGUAGGAAGAUGUGAGGUUAAUAUCAGAGGCGCAAAUUUCAGUCUGCAGAUAUGGAAGCUACCAAAAAUAUUUGGAAAUGACAGUCCGUUUGGCUCUUCGUUUUUAAUCUAGUCUAUUAACUAUUAGGCUAAGGUUUGAAGGAUAAUUAUCUUGUUUUCAGAUGCAGAUCAAGAGAAAAAGAGACAAGUUUGCAGCCAUAAACAAAUGGCUUGUGAAGUCUGGACUACUAUAAAGUGAGUGAUUCUUGGUGGCAGAUGGGUUAUAAGCAACUUCUGGUUUUAAUACUUCUAUUAAGAAUUGGGAUAAAAGGAUGGGUUGAGGGAGAAGGGAGGUACAGAGCGAAUAUCAAUUCCUUUCUCACCCCGACCUGAUCAAUAGGUUGAUUGCGAGAUUCACAAUUUACCUCUGUAGUGACUCUAAGUAUAUACAAAAAAUAAUUAUUUUGAUUUUGAUUUCCAUCUACUAUUAAAUAGUCUAUUUUUAUUAAAAUU